CUUCCGGACAACUCGGGCCUCUGGUAUUGUGCCCACGUCCGCGGCGAUCAGGGACAGCGGUCCCUUGCUGCAUUACGUGAGAAACGAUCUGCUGCAGCGAACCAACUGUCGAGACUUUUGGGUGAUAACAUCCCGCAAGCCGUAUGUGAAAGUUCCGUUCCACAGCCAAUCACCAACAGGCCGGCGUUUUUGCGUAGAUACAAAACGCAACCCGGUAACAAUGAACCGAUAGAAUCGCACGAUCUGCGGCGGGUGAUGAAGACAAUCUUGUUCAAUCAAACGGUGAUUGGAAUCGUGUUAACGUUUGCUGGCUACUAUGGAACAAUCCGUGGUUCGGUGCCGGACGUACGCACGCUACCCUCGGUGGGUGUGAUCUUGCGCGAUCUGGUCGUGUGUGUCUUCUUCGCCGAGAUUGGAUUUUACUACGUGCAUCGAUUAAUGCACCUCAAGCCACUGUACAAACUGGUCCAUAAAAAGCACCACGAAUGGACGGCACCGUUUGCUUGGACCGCUAUGUACUGCCAUCCGAUCGAGCACAUCAUCAGCAACAUGAUCCCGCCAAUGAUCGGCAUACAGCUCAUGAAGGCGCACAUCUUCACCACUGCCAUCUGGUUUCCGUUGGUAAUCUUUAACACGAUUCGGGAUCAUUGUGGCUACCAUUUGCCGUUCUUUCCCAGCUCCGAGUACCACGAUUAUCAUCACGCGAAAUUUACUGAGUGCUUCGGAACGUUCGGGUAUCUCGAUUGGUUGCACGGGACGGACACAAAGUUCCGGAAGUCAAAGCAGCACCAGCGUCAUCGUACACUUUGGGGCAUUAAAUCGGCCCGAGAAUUGUAUCCGGAUAGUUAAUCCGAAGCCACCUGUUUGCCAUCCAAAGCUUACGAGUGAGCGUGGUAAGGAAUACCUCGUACUAAAACAUCCAUCGCUUUUUCGUCUUUCUAGCUGUUCUAUUUUUUAAUAAACUCAUGUAUUCAAUAAAACCGUUUGGGGGCUGUUCAACUGAUACGAAGAAUGCUAGGAAACAUAAAAACAAUUCGGCAUUUUACGAACGUGUAAUUAUUCAGAAGUAGUUGUUUUAUCGUUUGGCUCGAGUGUGACAGUGCUACGGUGUUUAUUACAGGAUGAACCUACCGGAUCGGUUGAGGAGGGUUUGCCAGCUGCCAAUAGAGCCUCUACCACCACCGGAGUUGAUUCUUCGGUAAGAGUUUAUUCCUGCGUGCAUCCCGGUUGCAAGAAGCUGUACUUCAAUGAGCGGUAUCUAACAGAGCACGAGAAAUAUCACGGUGGAGAAGGAAGCUCCUUGCGAUCGCCACCAAGAGUCAAAUGAGGAUGGAAAGAACGUUGCAGCAGGAAACAGUCAGGACGUUCCUACACACGGCAUAGUCAUGUGAAAGCGCACGAGUUGCUAAAUACCGGUACACUAUCCUUUCACUGUCCGUGGGCCGACUGUGGGGCGGCUUUUGCACGCUCGUACGAAUUGUAGCACACCGUCAGGAAAGGAAGGAAAUUCGAAACGUUACGGCGUUGUUGAAAAAGGUCCAAUCGGGUUCGAAUGCUAACGGUUAGAUAAUACGAUAGAAAAAGCUUUAUUUACACGAUAAACGUUAUUUCAUUAUGUUUACAACUAAAUGUACAAAAUCCAAAUCGACGAACCAACUGAAUAAAAAGCGAAUUUAUGUUUAUGAAC